CGGGCUGUCCGGCCUCCUGGGGGUGUCAUGUGACAUGCGACCUCGCCGCGCUACACCUGGCUGACGGCUCCCAGGUGAGCAUUCACCAGUUGUCUCACAGCGAGACGGAUCAUCUCCCCAAGCACGUCCUGGAUGACUCGUUAACUCUCGCUGCCCCGCGACUGUCAUAAACAAGCACCAACAUCUUUAACACCUGUACGGAGGAACAGACGCGCUUUGGAACCUAAGUGGUAAUAGUGCGAAGUGAGGGCGUUACUGAUCGCCCGUCCAUUGCGAGAAGUGUAACGGUACCAUGGCGAAUGGGGUAGAACGCAUGGACUUUUCUGACAUGCAAAAGUACAACAGUGAAUCCAAUUUGACAAAUGGAAAGAAAAGCAAAAGCGGAGGAUGUUACGUCAGCACGGCAGUUGGGUUUGUGAUGGUGCUGUUGGUCAUCGCGAUCGCCGUAGGAGUGGGGUUGAUUGUUCAUUUUGCGGGGGGUCAGAAGACAGUUGUGUGUAGCUGGCCCCCCUCUAACGGGGCACAGCAGGGGCAACAGGGGGGGAACAAGGGGACGACGACCCCCAGCUCGGAUUAUGUGAAGACCCAGUGCAAGAAGAUGGCCAUGGAUGGGGAGAUGGAAAUAUGCAUGGCGUGUCCCUCCGGUACGACGGGUAUGACGACACCCUCCCCAACGUCUAAGCCGCUAGUGAAGGAUGUGAGGAUACCCCUGGCCUUGUACCCGCUGUAUUACGACAUAGAAAUCAGGCCCAACAUGUACGAAGGUGCGGCCGAAAACUUCACCUUCAAUGGCUUCACAAGAAUCCAGCUCCGCUGUGACACGCCCACAAGAAACGUAACCCUGCACACCAACAAACUCCAGAUCACUCCCGGAAGUCUGGAAUUUGGGGCGGAACCUGGAACAGCCGCAGCGCCCUCUAUCGAGAACUGGGAAUGGGACAAGGACCGACAAUUCAUGGUGAUUCAUCUUGACGGGCUGCUUGUGAAAGAUGGCCUUUACUAUGUGAAGAUGAAUUAUACCGGACCUCUGUCUGACGACCUGCAUGGACUCUAUCUGUCUAAAUACGAACAGAAUAAUGAUACGAUCUACGUCGCUGCGACCCAGUUCCAGCCCACGGACGCCCGGAAGACAUUUCCCUGUUUUGACGAACCCGCCAUCAAGUCUAACUUCAAUAUCACCUUGGUCAGGAAGAACCAUCUCAAGUCUCUGUCCAACAUGCCAAUCAUAGACUCUCAGGACAGGGGAGACAACUGGGUGGCCGAUGUUUAUCAGACAACUCCGAAGAUGCCGACAUACCUGCUUGCUUUUAUCGUGUGCAACUUUGAAUAUACCAAUGAAACUACGAGUAACGAUAUACUGUACAGGGCGUGGUCCAGGCCGGAGUCGGUGGACCAGACCCCCUACGCCCUUGAUGUGGGGGUGAAAGUCCUAACCUAUUUUGAGAAGUACUUUGAUGUCAAGUUCCCUCUCCCAAAACAAGACAUGAUAGCCAUUCCUGAUUUUGCUGCUGGAGCCAUGGAGAACUGGGGGCUGAUCACAUACAGGGAGACGGCUAUGUUGUAUGAACCGGGAGUGUCUUCAGAGGGCAACAAGCAGAGAGUCGCGGUGGUCGUGUCUCAUGAACUGGCGCAUCAGUGGUUUGGUGACCUUGUGACGCCGUCAUGGUGGGACGACCUCUGGUUAAACGAGGGCUUCGCCAGCUUCGUGGAAUACAUGGGAGUGGACUUCGUUCAUCCAGACUGGAAGAUGUUUGAGCAGUUUGUGGUGGAGGAUCUCCAGGACGUCUUCGACUUCGACAGCCUCAUCUCUUCACAUCCCGUGUACGUCCCCGUCGCCCACCCUGACGAGAUCAAUGAGAUAUUUGACAGGAUCUCAUACGCAAAGGGUGCCUCCAUUAUCAGGAUGAUGCGGUUCUUCCUCGGGGAGGAGACGUUCCGGGUCGGUCUAUCUAACUACCUCAAGAGUAAGGCCUACGGUGCUGCGUUUCACGACGAUCUGUGGACAGCCCUCACCAAACAAUCCGCUAAGGAGGGGAAAAAUAUCAACGUGAAGGAAGUGAUGGACACGUGGACACUGCAGAUGAACUACCCGGUUGUCAUGGUGAUUCGUGAAGGCACGCGCAUAAGGGUAUCCCAGCAACGCUUCCUCACUGACCCUAACGCCAAGGACCCAGGCAAAUACACGUCCAGCUUCGGGUACAAGUGGGAGAUCCCGUUCGCCUACACCAGCAGCGUCGAGAACGACUUCAACAAGACGGACGCCGACAUCAGCUGGAUCAAGCCAGACAGCAACGAGCUGAUAUUUGACAACCCCUCCGUGAUCCCCCCCAGGUCGGACAACGUGAGCUGGGUGCUUGGCAACCCCAUGCAGUACGGCUUCUACAGGGUCAACUACGACACCGCCAACUGGAUGGCCCUCGUCAACCAGCUGAAGACGGAUCACAGGCAAAUACACACGAUCAACAGAGCACAAAUUAUAAACGAUGCCUGGAGUUUGGCUAAAGCAGGGAUGCUGCCCCAGGACAUGGCUCUGCAGACAGUGGAGUACCUCGACAGGGAGUUAGAGUAUGUCCCUUGGGCCGCGGCCAUUCGACAGCUAGGAUACGUCGACACCAUGCUGACCAAGACAGGACUGUAUGGGGCAUUCGGGGCUUUCAUGAAGGCGAAGGUUCAGAUGCCAUUUAAUACACUGACCAUGAACAACACUGGGGCAUCGCAUCUGACAUCAUAUAUCCGGUCCUUGAUAUCGGGGUCGGCGUGUUCAUACGGCAUAACAGCCUGCACAGAUGAAUCUUUGAGGCUCUUCCGAGAAUGGAUGGCCACCCCAUCAAACAACCCCAUCGAUCCUGGUCUGAAGAGCACUGUCUACUGCACCGCCAUCAAGUACGGUGGAGUGUUGGAGUGGGACUUCGCCUUCACACAAUACAAGACGGCGACUGUGGCGGCAGAAUCUGCACGGCUGUUGUCGUCCAUGGGAUGCUCCAGAGAACCGUGGAUCCUCAGCCGAUUCCUAAACCGAGCUUUAAUGACAGAACAAGUCCGCAAACAGGACGCCCUGAACGUACUUGUGUAUGUGUCUAGAAACUCCAUAGGUCAAGGCCUGGCCUGGGACUUCUUCAGGAACAGAUGGGAAACCAUUAGGAACGAUUAUGGUACAGCAUUCUUCGCCUUCACACGUCUAAUUGGAGGAAUCACGGAAUCCUUUAACACGCCGUUCCAAUUGAAACAGCUUCAGACUUUCGUGGACACGCACCCCGAUCAGGGGUCAGGGAAGCGGGCAUUCGAGCAGGCUAUGGAGAAGACGAACGCCAACAUUAAGUGGAUGGACGCGAACGUCCAGAGCGUUCAGACGUGGUUAAAAAACCAGGGUUUCUAUACUGAGUAGCGAGUAAUACAUAUAUAAAAUGGAUUUCGAGAAUGGGGUCUGCUUUGUCUGAUCCGGUGUAUAACAUAAUGUCGGCUGGGAACAAAUCCUUAAUGUGAAAUUACACUAAAAUGAUGAUUAAAUCAAUCAAAUGUACAUUUAUCGUAAUUAAUCGCAGAAAUAGUCUGCGAUAUAUAUUUACCUGCGACUUGCAUUGGACUUCCAACUGUCGCAACAUGUUAUUUCUUCAAAUCAUUGUUUGAUAGGCAUUUCUCGGAAGUUGACGGAUGACAAAGUGGAUAAAGGUUUAUGGAUAACAACUUCUUGAUUUUACUGUAAUAUGGCGACGUUUCGGUAUAGAUCCUUAUUCCUUGUCAAUCUUGCUUGACAACUGUAUUUGUAUCUGUACUGAAACGUUGCUAUUACAGGUUAAUAAAGAAGUUGUUUUACAUAAACCUUUGUCAGCUUUGUUCUUCAAAUCAGUUUCUUAAAAAUAGUUUGAAUAUUGACGAAGCUGGUGAAAAUACAACAUUAUUGUCGAUGCUAAAAGAGGAUACGCAUUCGUACUUUCAAUACGCAUUUUCAAAGACAAUUUUGAGAUGUAUUUUCAAAUAAUUUGGAAAAUUUGGAGUGUCUUCACAGCUCUACGCAAAGACAUGUAUCGGAGUUAAAGUUCUGAAUGUAAUGUUAAUACCCACAGGGUUAGAAAUAACCAAGUUUAAGAAGUCGUAUUAGCACUGGCGCACAUAUCACUUAAAACCAGUGUAUUAUUUACGUCAUCCGGACGGUAUUCGAAUCUUAUUGUAACGUAAGGUCAAACUAGAACCGACGUCAUGGCUGAAGAUUGUUAUCGUCAUUCAACAAUUGUGUUUUUCUAAGAAGGCAGUCGUGUUCAGUGCAUUUUUCUAAAGGGAAGCUAAAAAUGAUUCAGAAAUAAUGGGUUAUAAAGACAUUAUUACACUCGCAUGUGCGUCACACUGAUUUUACGAAACUCGUAUAAGAAUUAAGAAAACGUACAGCGGUACGUGUAAAAAAUCAUCUUUUUCCCUCGCUCUCGUAUAACAAUCUCUAUAGAUUGAAUAUACAUUAUUGUACGUCGUGUAUAUUCAAGAAAAGAGGUAGUUUAUGUCCAAAAUGUGCAUACCUCAUUGUAAAGAGACCACAUGAUCCCCCCUCGAAUGACACCUUACUUGUGACGAAAGUGGUUUUAAAAGAUAGGAACAGGGUUUUACGCAUUCUUUAACAUCCAGUGUGUUAUCUUCCCAAACGGAUGUGAUAAGCAUAUAAAUAUUAAAAAUGAGAUUAAUGAAAUGCACUGGAUCUUCGACAGUGGGGUUUAAUAUACGGGUAAUGACAUAUUAACGGUAAUUGAAUUAUGUUUUCAAACGUCUCCUAUUUAAAGAUUGUAUAGAGUAUAAGAUUUUUAUUUCGUUAUGUUUUGUGUAGAACUAUACUUUCUAUGUGAACGGUUUUGCUCAGGAUGUGUCGAAAAUUACAAGAUGUGUGGUAACAGGUGUGAGCCAUACAAAAACAUCCGUUAUUGUUUGAGAUCCGGGUACACGCGUACUGCUGAUGCUGGGGGCUGUGAAUACCUGCACGGGCAUCUGUAGCAAAAUGAAAAUAAGUAAUUGAAAACCAUCGUCAUUACUUCACGAACGAGAGAGUACUUCCUGGUUCUCGUCCGUGAUGACGUACGACCGCCAUGCAGUGUAAUGAUGUAAAAGAUAUUGAACACAUGGAUUCGAUCUUAAGACACGCCUGGGUCAUCAUGAGAUGAGAACUGUUAUACCUAUAUGUCUUGUCGAAGUGGAGAGGAGUACCGGCAGUGCACGUACCAUUAAUACAAAAGAACGGUAUUAUCCGGCUCAUAAACUUGACAAAACCUACUUAAAACUAUCAUCGUCUUGUCACCACACGUCCCGUCAUCUUUACAACGAAACCUUAUAUCAAUGUUCUGAAUGAGUGAGUGGGUGAUUUUUGUUAUACAUCGCUUUUAGCAAUAUUUCAGCAAUUUCACGGCAGGGGGCACCAGAAAUGGGCUUCACACAUUGUACCCAUGGCUUUCGGUAGACAAGAGAUCGUUUUGACCUCCAGGCUGACCCACGUCCUU